AUGCCUCGAGGAGACGGCGAGGAGAUCGAUAUCACCGUCCCGGCAGAGGACCCGGUCCAGACCGAGGAGCAGAAGGCGCGAGCCAAAAAGAGAGAAGAGGCCGCUCAGAAAGGCACCGGCCCCAAUGGCGAGCACAAGGUCGACGGCAAGCCUGCAAAGGCCGACGACGAGCUGAGCGAGGAAGAUCUGCAGCUCAAGAAUGAGCUCGAGAUGCUCGUCGAGAGGCUAAAGGAGGACGAACGAGAUCUGCACCGGCCAGCUCUCGAGUCGCUCCGCACCCUCAUCCGCACUAGCACCUCGAGCAUGACGUCCGUUCCCAAGCCCCUCAAGUUCCUCCGGCCCCACUACCCCGACCUCAAGGACAUUUACGAGGCCUGGACCGUCAGCAACUCAGACAAGUCCCUGUUUGCCGAAAUCCUCUCCGUCCUCGCCAUGACCUACUCUGACAAUGGCCAGCGCGAGACACUCGCGUUCCGCCUCAAGGCCAACAAGGUCGACGUCGGGACACCCGAGGAUCCCGGUCUUUGGGGCCACGAGUACAUGAGGCAUCUGGCAGCGGAGCUCGGCGAGGAGCACGCGGCGAGGCAGGAGAACGACGCCGACACUUCGGAGCUCAUGGACCUCGCCCUUCAAGUGGUCCCCUUCAGCCUCAAGCACAAUGCCGAGGCCGAUGCUGUCGACCUGCUGCUCGAGCUCGAGGCCAUCGACAAGCUGCCCCAGUUUGUCGACAAGGACACCUACGCCCGCGUCUGCCUGUACAUGGUCAGCUGCGUCAACCUUCUCGUGCCACCGGAUGACGAGAUGUUUCUCCGGACCGCACACGAGAUCUAUCGCAAGCACGAACGAUACACAGAGGCGCUCACCCUCUCCCUCAGGCUCGGCGACAAGGCGCUCAUCCGCUCCGACUUUGAGGCGCCCAAGAAUCCGUCGAUGCGCAAGCAGCUCGCCUUCAUGCUAGGCCGGCAGCAGGUGCCCAUCGAGUGGCUGCAAGACGAGGACUCCCCCAUCUCCGACUAUGACCUGCUCGACUGCAUCUACAACACGCACCUCUCGACGCAAUUCAUUAGCUUUGGCAAGGAGCUAAACGUCUACGAGCCCAAGAGCCUCGAGGACAUCUACAAGAGCCAUCUCGAGAACUCCCGCACCAGCCUGAGCACCACGGUCGACUCGGCCCGCGGCAACUUGGCCAGCACCUUCGUCAAUGCCUUUGUCAACGCGGGCUUUGGCAACGACAAACUCAUGGUCGGGGCCGAAGAGGGCAAUUCCUGGAUCUACAAGAACAAGGAUCGCGGCAUGCUCUCGGCGGCGGCCUCGCUCGGCAUGAGCUUGCUCUGGGACACCGAGAUGGGACUGAGCCACAUUGACAAGUACACGUACUCGUCGGACGAGAACAUCAAGGCCGGCGCGCUGAUGGCCUACGGAAUCCUCCAUUCGGGCGUCAAGACCGAGAUGGACGCCGCGCUAGCACUGCUCAGCGAGCACGUCGAGAGCAAGAGCGUGCCCCUCAAGAUUUCGGCCAUCGUCGGCCUCGGCCUCGCCUACGCCGGUUCGUGCCGUGAGGACAUCAUGCCCCUCCUCCUCCAGCACGUUCAGGACGAGACAGCACCCAUGGAGGUGGCCGCCAUGUCGGCGCUCUCCCUGGGCUUCAUCUUCGUCGGCUCGGCGCACGGCGAGAUCACGCCAACCAUCCUGCAGUCGAUGAUGGAGCGCGAGCCCGCUCAACUCAACGAGAAGUGGGCCAGAUUCAUGAGCCUCGGCCUGGCGCUGCUCUUCCUCGGCCAGCAAGACGAGAGCGACGCCACCAUCGAGACGCUCAAGGCCAUCGAUCACCCGAUUUCCAAGCAGGCACAGGUGUUGGUCGAUAUGUGCAGCUAUGCCGGCACGGGCAACGUCCUCAAGGUCCAGUCGAUGCUGCAUCACUGCACCGAACGGCUCGGCGGUCAGGGCGAGGGCAGCGGCGAGGACAAGGAGGGCAGCGGCAGCGGCGAGAACAGCAAUACCGAGGGUGGCGGCAGCGGCAGCGGUCAGGAGAGCGAGGAGGACAAGGCCGAGCCCAACGAUCUCUACCAGUCAUUCGCGGUCAUCGGCAUUGCCCUAGUGGCCAUGGGCGAAGAUGUCGGCGCUGAGAUGACGCUGCGGCACAUGUCGCACCUCAUGCACUACGGCGAGCCCGUCAUCCGUCGCGCGGUGCCGUUGGCGUUGGCGCUCCUCAACCCGUCCAACCCAGCGAUGGCAAUCCUCGACACGCUGUCCAAGUACUCGCACGACAACGACCUCGAUGUGGCGAUCAACGCUAUCCUCGCCAUGGGCUUGGUCGGCGCCGGCACCAACAAUGCUCGCCUGGCCCAGAUGCUCCGCCAGCUGGCAGGCUACUAUCACAAGGAGCCAGACUGCCUCUUCAUGGUCCGCGUCGCCCAGGGUCUCGUCCACAUGGGCAAGGGCACCAUCGGGAUCAAUCCUUACCACACGGACCGGCAGCUGAUGAGCCGCACCGCCAUCUGCGGCCUGCUUGCGACACUGGUUUCUUUCACCGACGCGCGCGGCUUUGUGCUCGACAAGUCACACUGGAUGCUCUACUGGCUCGUCUCGGCCAUGUACCCGCGCUUCCUAAUCACGCUCGACGAGGACCUGCAGAACCUGGCGACGUCGGUGCGGGUCGGACAGGCGGUCGACGUCGUGGGUCAGGCCGGCAAGCCAAGGACAAUCUCGGGCUUCCAGACUCACACCACGCCCGUGCGCCUCGGAACGUACGAACGGGCCGAGCUGGCGACCGAGGAAUACCUGCCCUACGCUCACGUGCUGGAGGGCUUCUCGCUGUUGAUGAAGAACCCCGGCUUCGUCAAGGAAGAGGACAUCUAA